GGGCUCCACCCGCCCUCCUUCCCCCGGCACAAGCUAAACUCUUCUCUUCUCUCUCCCUCACCCUCGAAGCCUCUCUCCCUCCACACUCCCUCUCUCCCUCUCUCUCUCUCUCUGAGUGGCCGUGCUUUUGCUCUUUCACUCUCUCUCUCGCUCUGGCCGCGUUGGAAGGUUUGAUUGGAUGCUGACAGUGUGAAGUUUCUUGGCGAUGUGUAGACCAAACUGUGUGCGUCGAUCUGAAUCCGGUUUCGGUUUUGCGAUUAACUGUGGCUUCUUCAGAGAUGUUUGAUUGGAACGACGAGGAGCUUGCAAACAUAGUAUGGAGUGAGGCAGUUGAGAGUGAUGAUCAUAUUGUGCCUUACAACGAGGCAAGUGAGGAUUAUCGUAACAAGAAGCAAUGGAAACAAGAAUCUCACACCAUCAAGCCUACCGAACAGAAGACCCAUGGGCCCAAGAUUGACUUGCAAGACAGAAAGUUGGAAAGCAGUCCUAAUUUUGACACCAGUGAAGGAAUUUCUACCUCUGAAUUUGGAAUGGACUCGUGGCCAGAUUUAUCAUUAGCUAAUGUUGCCAAAAGUGAACAGCAUUGCAUAGCUGAGGCAAUCCAACUGGAUAAAGAUGGUGAAAUUUUUCAAAAUUCGAAUGAAGGUAAAGAACAAGGUGAUCUUGUUGACUACGGAUGGGCUAACAUUGGAAGUUUUGAUGAUCUUGACCGGAUUUUUAGCAAUGAUGACACUAUAUUUGGCAAUGUAAGUCUUGGUAAUGCUGACGAGCUGUGGUCUUCCACUAGAGAUGCAACUGACAGUCCAAUCAAAGCCUUUCCUGUUUCUUCAGACUCACCAAGUUUCACAUCAGGUGCAGUAACGAAUGCUUCUGAGUAUUUGGAAAUUAAAACAGACUAUAUCCAGAAAGAUAACCAGUCAAUCACCCCAGGCUAUGGGAAGAUGGAUUAUUCUGCAGGUUAUGGUCUGCAGAAUCCACAUGCCGCACUUGAUCAUGUAGAAUAUGCUGGAGGUAAAAGUAAGACCAUGGAAAAGGAACAGUCAGAUGUGGACACGGGACGAAGCACUCUGACAAAAUCUUCCUUGAAUGCCGAAAAUUCUUCUUCCCCAAAUGAAACAGCUGAUAGGGUUUCUAGGCAGAAAAAAAUAAUGAGGUGUCGUAAAAAGUUGGAGGAAAAAAGUGAGGAGAAAUCAUUGCAAGAUUUUUAUGGUACUUGGCCUUCAUCAAGAACCCCUUCUGGACAUUUUGAGAACCAAUUGGAAUGCUUCAUGGUAGAAUCCUCUCCUUCUACAGCUCCCAAGCAGAAGAGACUGCUUCAAGGACCCGAGCCUUUACCCUACCAGCAUAUCCCAAACCAAUGUGCAGCCCAGUCUACAUAUGGGAACCUCACAAAUCCAUCUACGCAUGUGUCAUCUCACAUUCAACCUGGGAAAUUUAAGCAUCAAAAUUUGUUUUCUGGUUAUGAAGUUUCUUCUGGGAUUGCAAAUGCUAUAAACAAGUUAGUAGAUACCUCAGCAAAGCCUCUAACCAUGUCUCCUCAAGAGAAAAUUGAAAAGUUAAGGAGGCGGCAGCAACUACAGGCAAUGCUUGCCAUUCAGAAGCAACAACAACAAUUGAGUCAUCAAAUCUCUAGUACCAAUCAGUCUAGCACUCAAAAAGGCCCUCAAGAAAAUCAAAUUCAGCAUUUUGAGAGAGCUGAUCUGGAAGUUGAAGGCUUAAGUAGUCUUCCUUCUCUGGACCCGAACUCAACCGUAGAACAAGAUGAUUCCACUAUUGUUUCUGCAGCAAUUGAUGAUCACUCAGCGGAGGAUACAAUACUUUACAGGCUUCAAUAUAUUAUAUCAAAGUUGGACAUCAAAAUAAGACUUUGCAUACGGGAUAGCUUGUACCGGUUGGCUCAAAGUGCAAUGCGGAGGCAUUAUGCUAGUGAUACUAGCAGUUCAAACAAAAGUAGCAAGGUUGAGGGUGAAGUCAUUGCAAAGGAGGAAAUCAAUAGUCAUAGCAGGUUUGGUAAAAUACCAGAUUUGGAAACAGAGACCAAUCCCAUAGAUCGAACUGUGGCUCAUUUGCUCUUCCAUAGACCCUUGGAUUCAUCGGGAAAAAAGUCUGACACAUCUGAAUCACCUAUUUCUACCAAGUUGACAUCUGAACGCAAAACAGCAGGCUUGGUGAACUUGUCAAAUGAAUGCUUUCCCGACAGUCUGAAGAACAAUCAGUGCUUUCCUCGCCAAGGAUCUGAAAGCUGUCGCCCAUUCCCUGAGCCCGGUUCUGUGGACCAGUUUAAAAACAGUCUUCUGAUGGGUACCUUGGAAAACGCAUCUAGCAGUGGUCCGGAUCAUGGUGGAACUAUGGAGGUUGAAGCCUCUCUGUGAAGAAAUGUGUGCGCCUCAGAAUUCGACAAGGCCAUAUAGUCAUAGUGGUCGAGGAGCUUCAGCCUUCGGACAACAUUACCGAUGGGGAGUAUCCUGUAAACCAAUCUGCUCUGUAAAACUAGUUGCAUGCAUAUAUUAUAUCCAUGUUUCAAGACUAAAGUCAAGUGUCAUAAGAUUAGCUGGUGUGUUUCCUUAAACAUAUUCAAGGCAAUACUUGAGACCUCUGUUAGUAAUAUUUUCAUGUACGAAGGGCGGGAGCCACGUGUCUAGCUAGUAUUGGCCUAUCGGUGCACUGCGGAUCCGGCUCUUCGGCUAGUAAGAAAUUUAUACGUUGAGAUUGCGAAAAUAAAUCCCGAGUUGAACUGA